AGUCAGAAUCAUUUCUUCCUCAGACAGACUGAGACUGAAGAGCUUCUUCUUCUGCAGGAUAUCAGACACAGACUGAUGAAUAUGGAGUUUGGAUUAUUUCAGACACGUGGAUGCAAGAGCUCCACUUCAUGGAUCUGCUUGAUGUUUCUUUGCUCAAUGCUGUGCAUGUGGACCAACGUGGAGUGCUGGUCUUACUACUUCUCAGACACCACUAUGAACUGGAGGAAUGCUCGAGCCUGGUGCAAGGAGCACUACACAGACAUGGUGGCCAUCCAGAACCAGGAGGAGAUCGAGCAUCUCAACAGCUGGCUGCCAAAGAAAUCCUCUUACUACUGGAUCGGCAUCCGCAAGAUCAAUGACGUCUGGACCUGGGUCGGGACCAACAAGUCGCUGACCGCAGAGGCAACCAACUGGGCGAUGGGCGAACCCAACAACGGCAAGAACGGGCAAAGUAUGGGACUGAGUGAGGACUGUGUGGAGAUGUACAUUAAGAGAGAUGUGCAGGCGGGCAAAUGGAACGAUGAGAGGUGCAACAAACUGAAGACCGCUCUGUGCUACACAGCUGCCUGUAAGAGCGACUCAUGCCUCCAUGGAGACUGUGUGGAAACCAUCAACAGCCACAAGUGCGACUGCUUUGAAGGAUUUUAUGGAGACAAGUGUGAACAUGUCGUUCACUGCAACAAAGAUGAGAUAACCGUCCCAGAUAAAGGAAGUGUAAGUUGCACCCAUAAGUAUGGAAACUUCUCGUACGACUCCUCGUGCCAGUAUGCCUGUCAGGAAGGAUACCAGCUGAGCAUGCCAAGCCCUCUGAGGUGCAGCGCCUCCAAAACGUGGUCCGAGCAGCCUCCCACAUGUGAAUUGGUUCAGUGUGAGAAGCUGCUUCAACCUGAGAGUGGAUCCAUGAAGUGCUCUGAUCCUCUGGGCUCCUCCAGCUUUAAGUCCACUUGUGUCUUUGCUUGUGAUGAAGGUUACGAACUGGCUGGUUCCACCUCCAACACUCUGCAAUGUGAAGCAUCCGGACGUUGGAACGCCUCGCAACCUCGUUGUGCAGUUGUUCGUUGCCCAGAGUUCAAUUAUCUAGAGAAUGGUGUCAUCAGAUGUGGAGAUGAUGCAGAAAUAAGGUUCAGCUACGGAAACACCUGCAGCUUUACCUGUGAACCCGGAUAUCAGCUGGUGGGGCCGAGCAGUGCAACGUGCACAUCAGCAGCUGAGUGGAGCGAGCAGGUACCUCGCUGUGAAGCCAUCACUUGCCAGAGUCCAGAGGUAGAAGCUCACCUCAUCACUCGGUGCAGCGAACCUUUGUCUGGCUUGAGGCCAAACUCCACCUGCAGCUUCAGCUGUGAACCAGGAUUUGAACUGCAGGGAGCUCAGACGACUCAGUGUUCAGAGGAUGGACAGUGGAUUGAAGCUGUACCAACCUGCAAAGCAACCACAUGUCCAGUUCCAGAGGCUCCAACAAGAGGCCAAAUCAGCUGCAGCUCGUCUCUGUCUUCCCCUGUUUCUCCAGGGACUCCACAUCCAGUCGGUACAGUCUGUGCCUUCAGCUGUGAUGAAGGCCACGAGCUGCAGGGUGAACUCAGCAUGGAGUGUGCACAUCCAGGCCAGUGGACCUCCAGGGCACCGACCUGCACAGCUGUAAGGUGCUCACUCCUUGAAGCUCCUGAAAACGGUCACAUCAACUGUUCCACCAGUGAACCGGUUUUCAACUCUCAGUGCUCCUUCACAUGCAAUCAAGAUUUCACUCUAGACGGACACGAGCUGCUCACCUGUGAUCGUCACGGCAACUGGACUGGAGCAAACCCCACCUGUCAAGCUCCUUCAUCUAAAGUCGCUGCGAUCACUGGUGUGGCUGCAGGAGGAACUGCUUUACUGUCUGGUCUUUCUCUCACUAUGUGGAUCUUGAAGCGACUGAAGCGCAAAGCAACAAAGUUUGAGUUGAACAGCAACUCCGACAUCGAGGUUCCACCACAGAGCUACAAAAACAGCAUCGACAGCCUCAUUUAGAAACUCAGCUUCUUCAGACAGUUCAGGAGAGUUUAUAUUUUGAACAGAACUGCAUAUGUGUCAUCGCAAUGUGAACAAUAUGAAUAAUUUACCUGAGUGUAAAACUAUGUGUCAUGUGUGAUCAGAAAGGCUUUCUUUGCAUAUAUUUGCAUUCAGUCGUUGCAUCAUGUUUUGCUGUAGUUUUAAAAAGACGCCUGGUUGCUCUGUAAUGUUGUUCAAACAUGCAUUUCCUCCCAAGGGGAGUUUUAUGUGGAACACAUUGUUCUAUGGCUUUAAUGAACAGCUGGAAAGGUUCAUGUCACUGUGGAUUUCCAUGUCAGUGCAUAACUGUGAAUAAUUUCACUUUAUUGAUUGCUGUAUUUAUGUAUUAUUUAUUUGUCAGAUGACAAUUUCAAUGUUUAUUCAUAUUUUUGAUUUCUUGUAUUAGCAUUUCACAGCAUUGUGUUUUGUAUCUGUACCUGUGCUACUUGGAGGUUUUCUAAUGUACACACAAAACUAAUAAAACUCCAAACCUAA